GCUGUCUGUCUGAGUGAACUGAACUGAAAUGAACUGAACUGAGCUGACUAAUUGUAACAUGUCAUUGAGUGCAUACCAGUAUGAUAUGCACUCGAUGACGGCAUUUACUUUUCGAAGUCACAGUGCGAGUAUACCGAUAGUUUAUGCAGUACGUCGAAAUCUAUUAGAAAUUGAUUUAUUUCAAGAAUGGAAAUGGAAAGAAUUCCUAUUUUCCUAUAUUCUAUUCAUUCAGCAUCGUGCGUGUAAACGAUUCUACUUAUGUUUAUUUGUUGUACAUAUAAUUGAUAUAUACAUUAUUAAACACUGGUUAAAAUACUUCGUUCUUUGUAAUCUACAAAUCACGGCUUCUCAGUAUGUGUGCACUUGUUCUCUUGUUAUUGCUUACUGAUUCGCAUCAACCUGAUCAUGACAGCGAACAAGUUACAUUCUGCGUCCAUUGGAAAACUAAAUGGAAUGUGGAAUUGGAAAAGAAAGCACAAAUUCUGUCUGAUCAAUGUCGUGUUGGACAUGAUACAAAUGCUGAUCGUAAAAUACCGGCAUUCCAAUAUGUUGGACAGAAUUGGGCCGGUGCGAAAGACAUAAACACCGGAUUCCAAUUAUGGUUGGAUGAAUACAAGAAUUACGACUUCUACACGAGAACAUGUCGUAUGGGUCAGUGUGGUCAUUAUACUCAGCUUGUCUGGGAAGACACUACGGAUGUUGGAUGUGGUGUCACGAACUGUCCGAAUUUCCCAUACGGACUCAGCAUCGUGUGUAACUAUGGUCCUGGCGGCAAUUACGUUGGACGCUCACCGUACAGAACAGCAUGA